AGCAAAUAGCGGUGUAAUCCCCAACUUUAGUCGCAUUUGUUAAUUAGAAGCGGGUAUAUUAUAAGUUGACAUAAGUUGACGCAACGCUAAGUUACUAAUACGUGUUCCUGACCUUAUUUUAAACGAGGCAAGAGUACGCAUAACUCAGGAAUGGGAAAUGAGCUGCUUACGUUUUAGUAAACACUGUUCAAAGGACAUUAUUAUUGAAGCAACGACACUGUUCCUACAAUAAAUUUUUGCAGAAUUUAGAUUUGAGUUUAGUGCACGAUUUGUGACAAGAGAUACAACUUUUGGAACGAGCAUGGUGGCCGAGGCUAUUAGUUGCAAGAUGUCUAAAAUGUUUGAAUCGUACAAAAAGUGGAUUAUGGAGAAUCCGCAGUUGAUACGUGACAUAGAGAGCACGGUGAAGUGGAUGUCGUAUUUCACCAUAGGUCGUUUUGGCAAUUCCUCAUUUAUAUCGGAACUUACGUACACGAUGCCGAAUCUAUUAAUAUUUUUCAAUGAUCGCCUCAUAAGCAUAAAUAAAUAUGGAAGCAAGAUUUCCGAAGUUCAGUCCAAAAUAAAGAUAUGGUUAACCGUUGUGGAAUAUGUAGAAACUCUCCUUGAAGUGUGGGCCAGGAAAGCAUUGGGUGAAUCAGGCAGGUGGCUCGUCAUUUCAUUUGUUCAGACAUUUAAAGCUGCUAUGAGGCUUAUUUUGGUUUAUCGAUGUAAAGAGAGGAUUACGCUGAAUCCACCAUUUCCGCCACUUAAUCGAGAGAAAGUCAGUGAGAAUUGUGCGGAUCGGACACAAAAUGGCUUUUCUCUGAAAAGAUCCGGAAUGGUAGUCCGAUCCGUUAGAUCUUCUGAAGCACCAGAAGUUCGUAAAUGGGAACCGUUGCCACAAUGUUCGCAUGGUUACAAUCAAAUGACAUCUUAUCCAGCAUCGAAAAAUUCUUUAAUAUUAGCAGAGACCCUUUACAUCAUCAAGCCAUUGUUACAUCUUGGGUGUUUAUCGCUUAGUGGAGAAAAACAAUGGAAACCAUGGCUCUUGUCUCUUACGUUAGACCUCAUGAGUCUGAAACUAUUCAAUCAAGAGACGCGGACUUUCACGCAGGAGGAAAAAACGGAAAUAUUCCGACGACGCCUUAGUUUGUUAUUAUACAUUAUGCGUUCUCCAUUUUAUGACAAGUGCAGUCGUGACAAGAUUUAUUCAAUGUUGAAGUCGUUGUCGCAAACAGUGCCAUUUGCCAGGCUCAUAGCGGAACCUGUUGCGAACCACUUGCCAUAUUGGCAGGACACGUAUUUCUAUAUGUGGUCAUAAUUUCAUCCCAAUGCAUUGAGUCAGGAUAUAAAAUUUAAAAAAAUAGCUGAGCUAUAAUACAUUACACAGGGACGUAAUUUUUUAUUUUCAUAGAUUUUUAUUAUAAUUCCUAGUCGUAGAAGAGAAAGGAAUCGUAUGAGACACUUGGGGGGAAUUCAUGUAAAUAAGAAGUGUCAGUUAUCUAAAAUAAAAUGUUAUAUUUUUUAAUUAAGCAUAUUUGUCGUUACAGUUUUCAUGAAUAUUGGAAGCAGCAGCACGGUAUAUGGUAUAAAGUCAUAAUAAUUUACAAAUAUAUUACAUUUCUGAUUAGGAUACAUUUUAGCAGAAAAUACAAAUAUGGCAUUUGGAAUUUGUAUAUGUAUGUAGAUAAAGAUCUAUACAAU